AUGUCUACCCCCGCAUCUACUCCAUCCACUCCAAUGCUUCCCUGUACUCAAGACUUCCAGUGGUGUCGGACAUCAACUACAGAAUUGUCCUCUGGUGACCAAGAGCAAUCGCAGAAAUAUUCCGAUAUUGAAAAUGAAAUCAUUGAAAAUGGUUACAAUGGAAAGAAAACGGAAGUAGAAAUUGAUGGAGGCUAUGUAAUCGAUUUACAUCGAAAACUUCAGUACAAAAAGGAUGAUCCUUCCCAACAACAUCGAAUCGAACGUUUUCAACUAUCCAGAGAUCGCAGAAAUGUUCAUUUGCGUACAGAAAGGUUUGGAUCACCCGUAACACUCGGCGCCCCAACAUCUUCAUCUCAACAAUCAAACAACAUGAAAGAUAUUGCUUACGUUAUGAAGCACGGUUCGUUUCCAUCUGUUUAUUUUUUUCAGGCGGUAUACCACAAGGAUAAAAAAGUUGCUGACAUUGUUGAAGAAGCCGCUCAAGGAAUUGUGAAAGAAGGAAAGGCUCAGGAAAAACUUCAUGAAGCACAAUGGCUAUCUCAACAGCUAUUGGCAGUCAAACAUUUUGGUGACAACGUCCCAGCAAAAUUUACUGAGAAUCCAUGUAAAAUCACUGAAACAUGUAUUUAUCUUUUUACAAAAAACUCAUUUUGGUAUGAAUUAUUUAACCGUACUCUACGUGAAGCAACUGCUAUUACUCCUGAGCGAAUAGAAACCGUAGGACCGUUCGCUCUGUUACUCCACACUCAUCUGUUUAAGGAUCAUCCACGCGACACUGAAACAGUCUAUCGUGGUUUAGGACUCAACGAUGAACAACGAAAAGAAUACAUGAAAACAAAAAUAGUAUUUACCGCAUUCACUUCCACCAGCAGAAACCGCACAGCAGCAGAAAUGUUUGGCAAUACUCUCCUAAUUAUGAAUCUAAAAGAUGAUCAUAUGUCAAAACGUGAUCAAUGUGGUGCAAACAUUUCUCAUCUGUCGCACUUUCCAGACGAAGAAGAGUUUUUAAUAUGGCCAGGAAGAAUAUUCCAUUUUACGGGUUAUGAAUAUGACGAUCGCAAUAGUAAACAUGUUAUUUAUUUAUCGUGGUCAAACUCAGAUGAUUUAUUCAACCUUCAGAGUGAUUAUGUUUGA